AUGGGCAAUCUAAUCUUCUUCUUUUUACAGCAAGUGGAGGAGGCAUUUGCUUUCUGGGGUACUCCAGAAGGUGAUCUGGUCCAUCCUGCAGCAGUACUGGAGACAGUUAGGCGUCUUAGAGUCAAUGUCGAUGGCAAUGUCUGUACUGUCAUGGUAACCACUUUGGUUCUUGAGCCAAGGCAUGGAAAUUCUCUUAUGAAAUUCUGUAAUCUUCGCAAUAUAGGCAUGUGA